AUGGGGAUGUUGUUAACAUUCAAUGCAGCCACGAUCGCGCUGAUCAUCGUGGGGAUGAGGGAUCGCUCGGAGAGCAUCGUCGGAGGCGUAGUCAGCGCCGCUCCCCUUCGUCGCCAUCCCGAUCGGGGCAUCAGCGUCGGAGGCGUCGCUCACGGCAUCAUCACGGGGACCGGGAUCGAGAUCAUCAUCACAGCUCCAAACGUCGCUAUCACCGGUAUUCCUCCUCCCCGAUCUCGUGUCUGUCAUCUUUCAAAUCCUCUUCCUGCUCUGACUUCUCUGCCUCCACCUACUCCACCUCCAUCCUCCCCUCCCCCUCCUCCUCCCAUCCUCUCAUCUCCUCUCCUCUCAGCUUGA